AAGGUUGAUAUAUGUGCAGAUGUUUGUGAAAAACAUAUUACAAAUACGUAUACUUUCAGUUGGACACAAAGUUAAAGAAUAGUAAUACAUGUGACUUCGACGGUGAAGGAACAAGUGCUGUGCAGUGCAAUAAAAAUAAUAAUAAAUAUCGUUUCAUAAACAAUAAUAAAUAAGUAUUAAAGAAAAUGUUGAAAGUAAUCUCAACUAAAGUACCCGUCGCAGCUGGACGUUAUGUGGGCAGUGGAGGCAUUGCCGCUCGCACUUUUGUAACCAGUCAAGCGCUGAGAGAUCAACACGACUGUCAAGUAUUGAUUGUCGGUGGUGGUUCCGGUGGUUGCGCGCUAGCAGCGAAGUUAUCUUCGAAAUUGGGGAAGAACAAAGUGACCGUUGUGGAGCCAGCUGAGCGUCACUACUACCAACCGAUGUUCACACUGAUCGGAGGUGGCAUGAAACGUUUGGAGCAAUCCUAUAAACCAAUGGCAGAGGUGUUACCGAAAAACAUCAAUUGGAUCAAGUCCUCAGCUGUGGAAUUCGACCCGAAAAAUAAUACUGUGAAAACGGCCAACGGCACAAAUAUCAAGUAUGAUAUGUUGCUAUUGGCAACCGGUCUGCAGUUGAACUAUGAUAAGAUACCCGGCUUAGUUGAAGCACUCUCAAUACCAGAUGGCAAAGUUUGUUCAAAUUACUCACCCAAAUACGUUGAUCGCACGUAUGCUUGCUUGCAAAACAUACAGAGUGGCAACGCCAUUUUCACCUUUCCCGCAUCACCCGUCAAAUGUCCAGGCGCACCGCAGAAGAUUGUCUACAUUGCCGAGCACUACUUCCGCAAGUUGAAUAAACGCAACAAGAUAACGGUUACAUAUAAUACAUCGUUGCCAGUCAUUUUCGGCGUGAAACACUAUGCCGACGCGCUGUGGAAAGUGGUGGAGAAGCGUGAUAUCAAAGUCAAUUUGCGUAGAAACCUAAUUGAGGUGCGGCCACAGGAGGAUAUCGCGGUGUUCCAAGACCUCGACAAGCCGGAGCAGAUUUUCGAGGAGAAGUAUGGCAUGUUGCAUGUCACACCACCGAUGAGCACUUCACCGGUGUUGGCGCAGUGCAAGGAGCUGGUGAAUGAAACCGGUUUCGUUGAUGUGGACAAAUCGACGUUGCAACAUUUACGUUAUAAAAAUGUGUUUGCAAUCGGUGAUUGCUCGGCAUCGCCCAACUCAAAGACUGCCGCUUCAGCGGCCGCCCAAUCGCUUGUCGUUUACAAAAAUAUGAUUGCUUCGUUGAAGGGCAAAGAAUUGAAGAGCAGCUAUGAUGGUUACGCCUCCUGUCCGCUGGUAACCGGCUACAGCAGUUGCAUUCUAGCUGAGUUCGAUUAUAAUCUGCAGCCAUUGGAAACAUUCCCGAUUGCACAGAAUAAAGAACGCUACUCAAUGUUCUUCAUGAAGAAGGCUUUAAUGCCCACGCUCUAUUGGAAACUCAUGAUGAAUGGCUACUGGAACGGCCCGGCGCUUAUGCGUAACGCCUUGUCUAUAUUUAAAUUCGGAAAAAAGUGAAUA